GCGUUCAGGUGCACUGGGAAAUGUGACAAUUCCAAUACAAAACGAACACCCACAUGUGUACUAAUAUAAUAUGCGCCAAUGUGCACAGACAGAAACUCUCAAAUUGUCACACAAAACAGAUGGUCCCGGGACGACCCCCGGUGUCCCGACAUGCGCCUCCGCCUGGGGGCGCUGUAUCCCCUCCCGUGUCCACGUCCAUGUGACCGCCGUGGAGAGGCGGGGUUAUGAAAUGUAACAAUUCAGGUUGCCACAGUGAAAAAAAGAAGAAGCCCAACCAACCCAAACCAAAGUGUCCUUGCUGAUCUGCCCGCCCGCCGCCGUCACUCUCCCCUCGUCGCGGAUGCAACAGACACCAACACGCGGACAUCAGAUGACAUUCGCAACGGAGGCGCCGCCGACGGGGACGGGACCGACUCACAGCGCGUUCAUACGAGGCUGAUGUAUGAGCGCGGUGAGGAGACGGCAGUCCUCGGGAGACACAUACAGUAGCAUCUCCCCUCCACCUCCACCACCACCAUCUCCCCUUCCAUUGUCUAGGGGGCAUGCCUUCUGAACCCGGCCUCAGCAGUGGGGAGAUGCUGACAGGACAGAGGCUCUGCCAGUCAAAGUCCCACCAGGACUUGGUCCUCUCCGCCCUCAACCAGCAGAGGAAGGACGGCCUGCUGUGCGAUGUCACCCUGGUGGCCGGUGAGCAGAAGUUCCACGCGCACAAAGCCGUCCUGGCGGCAUGCAGCGAUUACUUCAGGGCCAUGUUCAGCUUGUGCAUGGUGGAGAGCGAGGCCGACGAAGUGACUCUGCAAGGCGUGACCGGCGUUGGACUCAAGCACGCUUUAGACUUCGCCUACACGGGACAGAUUCUGCUGGAGCCGGCGGUGAUCCAGGACGUCCUGUCGGCGGGCAGCCACCUCCAGCUGCUGGAGCUCCUCAGCCUCUGCUCCCACUACCUCGUCCAGGAGCUGAGCAGUGUGAACUACCUGGAGCUGUACCGCGUGGCCGACCUGUUCCACCUCCCUGCCCUGGAGGAGGCCGUGGUGGGCUUCCUGGUGGAACAUCUGUCGGAGCUGAGCCAGAGCCGGCAGGACGAGGCGCUGCAGCUGCCCUACCGCCUCCUCCGGGAGGUGCUGAAGAGCGACCGCCUCACCUCCCUGAGCGAGGAGGAGAUAUGGAAGUUGGUGGUUUUGUGGCUGGAACACGACUGUCGCUACCAGUACACGGAGGAUCUUCUGCAACACGUCCGCUACGGCCUCAUGGACGUCCCCACGCUGCACCACCUGGCCCACAGCCACCCUCUGGUCCAGUCCAGCCCCACGGCUGCCGGCCUGGUGGACGAGGCCCUGGACUAUCACCGCGCCACCUUCGCCCAGCCUCUGCGCCAGUCGGCCCGCACCAGGCCCCGCUUCCAGUCCCUCACCCUCUACAUAGCCGGCGGACGCAAGCGGGAGGUGAGCCGGGUCAGGGAGCUGCGCUACUUCAACCCGGCCGCGCAGGAGCACGUGCGCGUCGCCGGCGGGUCCAACUGGAGCGAGCUGGGGCCCAUGCCCACCGGCCGCAGCCACCACUGCGUGGCCGUGAUGGGGAACUUCCUGUUUGUCGUGGGCGGCGAGGUGGAGCACGCCACGGGCAGGACGUGUGCAGUGAGGACUGCCUGCAGGUACGACCCCCGGGGCAACCGGUGGGCCGAGAUAGCCCCCAUGAAGGCCUGCAGGGAGCACUUUGUUCUGGGCGCUCUGGGCCAGUACCUGUACGCGGUGGGGGGCAGGAACGAGCUGAGGCAGGUGCUGCCUUCUGUGGAGCGCUACUGUCCCAAGAGGAACAAAUGGAUGUUUGUCCAGCCGUUUGACCGGUCACUGUCCUGCCACGCCGGCUGUGUGGCUGACGACCUGCUCUGGGUCUCAGGCGGGGUGACGAACACGGCUCAGUACCAGAAUCGACUGAUGGUGUACGAUCCAGAACAGGACCAGUGGUUGGCGCGCAGUCCCAUGCUGCAGAGGCGAGUUUACCACGUCAUGGCGGCGGUGAGGAGGCAGCUCUACGUGUUGGGCGGCAACGACCUGGACUACAACAACGACCGCAUCCUGGUCCGCCACAUCGACUCCUACAACAUGGACCUGGACCAGUGGACCCGCUGCUCCUUCAGCCUCCUCACGGGUCAAAACGAGUCCGGCAUCGCCGUCCACGACGACAGGAUCUACGUGGUCGGAGGUUACUCCAUUUGGACCAACGAGCCCCUGGCAUGCAUUCAGGUGCUGGAUCUGAGCACGGAGGGGAAGGAAGAGGUGUUCUACGGGCCGACGUUGCCGUUUGCCUCCAACGGUAUAGCAGCUUGUUUCCUCUCCGCUCCUUACUUCACCUGCCCCAACCUGCAGACUCUACAAGUACCCCACCACAGAAUAGGUGCUGUCUAAACCCCCCCCCCCCCCCAUGAACAACAUGUCAUCUUCACAAGAUGUGGGGGGGGGGGGGGGGGGGAGCCUCAACUAGACUCUGGACCGUCAGUAUUUGCAAAUGGAAUACACCUGAUCAUCGUAAGCAUCGGGAAGCUGCCACCCGUGUCACGCGAGUGCAUGGGGAUUUGUUCGAGACCCACAUGUAAUAACAUGACUUUUUCCAUGAGCCAUGUUAUUUUUUCGCAGGCUUAUAGGAAAACUCAAGACACAAGCAGCUGUCGCAGUAAUACGGCAGCGCUGGUGUAUUUCCCCCGAGGACGGACGCCUUUUUCCUGACGUCCAGUGAAGACGCAAAAAAAAAAAAACUACAUGGGGAUUAUAAUUCCCCCCCAAGAAGACGGGAACAAAAUGCCAAUCCUAUUACCAAUUAAGUGACUUCCGGUGAAUUGAUUUAUUUAUUUAUUUUUUACCCCAUUAUAGGGGCUGUAGGAGCUUUUCUAGUUUAAACAGUAGAAUCCAUCCAUCAAACCACUUAAACAUUUUGAUGGCUUGAAAAAAACGUGUGCUGAACUAUUAUGUUUUUUUUUUAAGAUACACUCAUCAACUUGCAUGUACUUUUACAGAUCAAGUUACCCAGCACCCGAGGCGAAAGCUCAUUAGUGCAUAAAUGUUUUUUUGUUUUUCAUUCAUAUGUGUAUGUCAUCGACCUGUGAGAUCUUCAUCAUGCUCAGGACCUAAGACUGUUUAUGUUCAAAAGAAUGUCAAGGUCAACGUCUGCUGCCACAGUGUGUACAGGAAGGAUAUGAGACUAACUGCAUUAUGCUGAUUUUCCCAAAAAACAUGCUUUGACCUGACAGACAGAAAAUCUCUGUCAGGUCAAAGCCCCCCCCCCCCCCC